CCUAGCGGGAAAACUUCCGAGGGACCCAGCGUUCCUAGACUCUCCUUUCCCCGCUCGGGGCAUAGAUAGUGCCGUCCGGAAGUCCGGGCGGAGACUGAGGCUGCGCUUCUCGCGAAAGGGCAGGCGUCACGGGGCUGGCCACUUCCGCACUUCCGCUUUCCGGCCCAGCCAGCGCCCGCGAUGACUGCCACUCUCCGCCCCUACCUGAGUGCCGUGCGGGCCACAUUGCAGGCUGCUCUCUGCCUGGAGAAUUUCUCUUCCCAGGUUGUGGAACGACACAACAAGCCGGAGGUGGAAGUCAGGAGUAGCAAAGAGCUCCUGUUACAACCUGUGACCAUCAGCAGGAAUGAGAAGGAAAAGGUUCUGAUUGAGGGCUCCAUCAACUCUGUCCGUGUCAGCAUUGCUGUGAAACAGGCUGAUGAGAUCGAGAAGAUUUUAUGCCACAAGUUCAUGCGCUUCAUGAUGAUGCGAGCCGAGAACUUCUUUAUCCUUCGAAGGAAACCAGUGGAGGGGUAUGACAUCAGUUUUCUGAUCACCAACUUCCACACAGAGCAGAUGUACAAACACAAGUUGGUGGACUUUGUGAUCCACUUCAUGGAGGAGAUCGACAAAGAGAUCAGUGAGAUGAAGCUGUCGGUUAAUGCCCGUGCACGCAUUGUGGCUGAGGAGUUCCUUAAGAAUUUUUAAACCAUGUGGCUGGAUCUUGUGGCCUUCCCCCUCAGACUCCCCCGUGUCUCUGCAAAGAUGUCCUGGAGUUACUCGCCAGCGCGGCAGUGGCAGCAGCGACAGCAGCGAAGGGGAGCUGGGGUGGGGUGGGCCUUAGACGAGGGAGAGGGGUCGUGUGCUUGCUACCUGAGCAGUGGUGCAGUGGACCUGCCCCAAGGCCACAUGUGCCUGGUCAGGCUGGCUUCUGAUGUUCAGUCCCCUGGGCUGGGACAUUUUUUUAAUGCCUUGAAAUUUAAACCCUAUGCUUGUAGGGGACUGUAACCUGUUUUUUCUUUUUUCUUUCUUUUUUUUUUUUUUAAACAAUCUCCACCUCUUAUUGGCUGUGACUGGUCCCAGUGAUUGUAUCUUAUUGGUCGCUGUGGGUCUGGGCAGGCCUGGAGCCAGAAGGCGACUACUGUUCCUUCCCCAAGCCACCCCAGCUGGGUGGGAGGGAGGUUUCAGACUCCGGUUCCUCUCCCUUGCCCUCUUCCUCGCAAGCUUCCUUGGGCCUGUGGAAGCGGUGAGACCUUCUGCCAGCUUCCUGAGCUCUGCCUGAAGAUGGCCACCCACCAUGCCUAGGAGCCGGGUCCUGAAAGCCAGGCACCUUCUGGCCACGGGGCUGCCUUGUGCCCUCCCCACUGAGAAGGGCCGCUGUUGCGCCUUGUCAGCGCAGUGCCUGUUAGAGGCAGAGAAGUGAGUCCUCCAGAACUCCCUGGGCAGGGGCCCUCCUUUUCUGCUCCCACGCUCGCUGUACCUUUUCUUAUUCUGGUGGAUCCUGCCUCCCCUAAUUAAAGUCUCUUCUUGCCCCUUUGGGGCUGCAUGA